UUAGGUGAUCUAUAUAUAUCUAUAUCGUAUAGCUUAUAGCUUAUAUCUAUUUUAAAUAACUUAAAGCCGCUAAAAUUUGGGGGGGAACAGCUUUCGCCCUGGAGCGGUGCGCGAUGCUGUCUCACGCCGACCUCCUGGACGCCAGGCUAGGUAUGAAAGAUGCCGCCGAGCUUCUGGGCCACCGGGAGGCGGUGAAGUGUAGGCUGGGCGUGGGGGGCUCCGACCCUGGGGGCCACCCGGGGGACCUAGCCCCCAAUUCCGACCCAGUGGAGGGAACCACUUUGCUGCCUGGGGAGGACAUCACCACCGUGGGCUCGACGCCGGCCUCGCUGGCGGUGAGCGCCAAGGACCCCGACAAGCAGCCGGGGCCCCAGGGCGGCCCGAACCCCAGCCAAGCCGGCCAGCAGCAGGGCCAACAGAAGCAGAAGCGCCACCGGACGCGCUUCACCCCGGCACAGCUCAACGAGCUGGAGAGGAGCUUCGCCAAGACUCACUACCCCGACAUCUUCAUGAGAGAGGAGUUGGCGCUGCGUAUCGGGCUCACCGAGUCCCGCGUGCAGGUCUGGUUCCAGAACCGGCGCGCUAAGUGGAAGAAGCGCAAGAAGACGACCAACGUGUUCCGCGCGCCGGGCACGCUGCUGCCCACGCCGGGCCUGCCGCAGUUCCCGUCGGCCGCCGCCGCCGCCGCCGCCGCCAUGGGCGACAGCCUGUGCUCUUUCCACGCCAACGACACCCGCUGGGCGGCGGCCGCCAUGCCCGGCGUGUCGCAGCUGCCGCUGCCGCCCGCGCUGGGCCGGCAGCAGGCCAUGGCGCAGUCGCUGUCCCAGUGCAGCCUGGCCGCCGGGCCGCCGCCCAACUCCAUGGGCCUGUCCAACAGCCUGGCGGGCUCCAACGGCGCGGGGCUGCAGUCGCACCUCUACCAGCCCGCCUUCCCCGGCAUGGUGCCCGCCUCCCUCCCCGGCCCCAGCAACGUCUCCGGCUCGCCCCAGCUCUGCAGCUCCCCGGACAGCAGCGACGUGUGGCGGGGCACGAGCAUCGCCUCCCUCCGCCGCAAGGCGCUAGAGCACACAGUGUCCAUGAGCUUCACUUAAUGCCGCCGCGCCCCGCCCGCUCCGUGCCCGGCGCCGCGCCCCUGGCCCCGGGGCCGCCCCGCCGCCCUCCCCGCGCGCGCCCGGGCCCCCGCUCCCUGCUCGGGCUCCUGCCCCGGCGCCCUCGCCCGGGCCCGACCUGGCCUCCGCCGCGUCUCGUCUUGUCCUCUUCUCUCCCUCCCCACCGGCUCGGGCCCACCCGCCGCCUGAUUUCGCUCGCCCGG